GGGUCAGUGCCCUUCGGGUCUCGAUCCUUUUAAUUUCUUCUUUACCUUGCGCCACUUCAAAAUCUCAAUCUCUCUCUCUCUGAUCCGAACUCCGAAGCCUGAGUCACGGACACACCGUUUUCUCGGGAGGUAGUGUACAUUGCAGUAGUUACUGUUUCAUGUAUGUAAAUGAUAGGAUCACAUUUUUUCCUGAUGAGUUUUUCUCUUGCUCUGGUUGAAGAAUAGAGAUUAAAAUGGCCGGCCGAGCUCAAAUCCCCAAUAAAAGCUCAGCACUUAUUGCCAUGAUUGCCGAUGAGGACACCAUAACUGGAUUUUUGCUGGCUGGUGUGGGUGAUGUCGACUUGCGGAGAAAGACAAACUAUCUUAUUGUUGAUUCAAAAACGACAGUCAAAGCGAUUGAAGAUGCAUUUAAAGAGUUCACCACAAAGGAGGACAUUGCUAUUGUUCUAAUCAGCCAAUAUGUUGCAAACAUGAUAAGGUUCCUGGUUGAUAGCUACAAUAAGCCAAUACCAGCUAUUUUGGAGAUCCCUUCCAAAGAUCAUCCUUAUGACCCUGCUCAUGAUUCAGUUCUUUCGCGUGUGAAGUAUCUCUUCUCUGCUGAAUCUGUGGCAUCCGAACGGCGUUGAGCAUGUCCAAAUGUCGUACUGUUCAGGUUGCAAAUAUGUCUAAAUUUUGUACUGUUCAGGUUGCAAACGCGAUAACUUUCAUAGUUGAUGACUACUUAUGCUCCACUUCUGUGCACACCAUUGUAUGCCAUGUUUCUCAUUUCACUUGCA